CAACAAUCUCUUCCAACACUGUAGCACUGUUCCAACAUGGAGGCUGGAUUCCGCUCCCGUCCGCUGAUCUUUUGUCUGGCUUUGGCCGCCGUGCUGGGCUUGGUGCUCGGGCUCGGCGAGGACCUGGACCGGCCUCUCAUCGGGCCUCCCGGUUCUCCCAUCCGGCUGGAUGGGUCCGACCCGGGGCUGAAGAAGGCUCUGCAGUUCGCCGAGGAUCACUACAACCGGGGCUCGAACGCCAUGCACCUCCGCAGGAUCAGCCGCUUCGUCUCCGCGAGCAAACAGCUGGUUAAGGGAAUCCGCUACACAAUAACAGUGGAAGUGAGUAAUACUCAGUGCAAGAAAUCCACCAUGCUCCGGACAUGUGACUUCUACCCUCAGGCACCGAAACUCAAGACGGAGCUGUGCAUGUUUGAGGUGUGGGACAUUCCCUGGCAGGGCACUUCGACUCUGCUCAAACAGAAGUGCCAGCCUAAAGUUCAAUACCAAGAGAAAGAGACCAACGAGGUGGAGGAUCUAUCCGUCAAACCACCUAUGGAGGAGUCUGUGGAGCUGCUGGGACAGUUCAAAGAGUUCAUGUUGAAGUACAAUAAGGUCUACAGCAGCCAGGAAGACGUAGACCGUCGUCUGAGCAUCUUCCAUGAGAACCUCAAGACUGCUGAGAAGCUCCAGUCUCUGGAUCAGGGCUCAGCAGAAUACGGAGUCACCAAGUUCAGCGACUUGACCGAGGAAGAGUUUCGCUCUACAUACCUUAACCCGCUCCUGAGCCAGACGAACCUCCAUCGAUCAAUGAAACCAGCCCCUCCUGCCAAAGGUCCCGCCCCUGCCAGCUGGGAUUGGCGGGAUCAUGGAGCCGUCAGUCCUGUGAAGAAUCAGGGCAUGUGUGGAUCCUGCUGGGCCUUUUCUGUCACUGGCAACAUUGAGGGCCAGUGGUUCCUGAAAAAUGGAACUCUGGUGUCACUGUCUGAACAAGAGCUGGUUGACUGUGACGGUUUGGACCAGGCGUGCAAAGGAGGGCUGCCAUCAAACGCUUAUGAAGCCAUCGAGAAGCUGGGUGGCCUGGAGACAGAGUCCGACUACUCCUACACUGGGAAGAAGCAGAACUGUGACUUCGCUACAAAUAAAGUAGCUGUAUACAUCAACAGCUCUGUGGAGCUGUCCAAAGACGAGAAGGAGAUUGCAGCUUGGCUUGCUGAAAAUGGACCAGUCUCUGUGGCUCUGAAUGCCUUUGCAAUGCAGUUCUACAAGAAGGGUGUUUCUCACCCCAUGAAGAUCUUCUGCAACCCAUGGAUGAUUGACCACGCUGUGCUGAUGGUGGGAUAUGGAGAGCGUAAAGGUAUCCCAUUCUGGGCCAUCAAAAACAGCUGGGGGGAGGAUUAUGGAGAGCAGGGUUACUACAACCUAUACAGGGGCUGGAGGCAAUCCAAGCUAACAUUGGGGCGGUAUAACUUGACAACCAAACAGAGACAAACAACCAUUUACACUCAUAUUCACAUGUAUGGGGAAUUUAGAGUGUCCUAUUAACCUAAUGUGCAUGUCUUUGGGCUGUAUCUAUACAACCCGCUGCCGUGGCUGACACGUGUCAGCUACUGUCGUACCACCUCACACCUCCUCUGCAGCUCAGCCUGUGGAAUCAUGUCGCAAGCCACCAAACGCAAACACGUGGUGAAGGAGGUGUACGGGGACUUCGUGACGCCCACAGAGAGUCAGCAGAUAGUGAAAAUCACUAGCAGCCGCGGGAACAACCUCCACGAAGCUGUCACGGCUCAGGGCGAGAUCUUCCUGGUGAGCAUGCCCACCAAGUUCCGCAAGAACCUCUGGAUCAAGAGAGGUGACUAUGUGAUUGUGGAUCCUAUUGACGAAGGAGAGAAGGUGAAGGCAGAGAUCAACUUCAUUCUCUACAAAGAUCACAUUCGGGAUUUAAAGAAACAGAAGCUCUGGCCAGAGGGUUUUAUGGAGGAGUCCUCAGCCCAGGACGAGACAGACAAGGAGAAGGAGACUGUAGGAAAAGACGAGGAAGAGGAGUCUAGCAACUCUGAAGACGACGAGAGCGACCUGUUUGUGAACACCAACCGCUGUAACUACCAGUACAUCGAGAGCGAGGAGGAGGACAGUGAGGAAGAGGAGGAGGAGAAGGAGGUCAAAUAGGGAAGGACAGAAACGGGUUCACAGCAGGAGAACUGAGGACCGGUACAGAGUGAGAGCUGUGGAACUCCUGUGACAGUGUCACUGAGCUGCUGUGAUCACUGCCUGACGCAGGGCUCCUCAGGCUGCAGCUGCCUCUGCUCCUGGUUGACAGAGACACUGGGCUCACAGAGGGAACAUGAACUUACAGAGGACGGACAAAACAAGUCGUGCUUGUAAGUUAAAAGCAAUAAUAACGUUAAUCAAUCAGUAAAUUAUAAAAGAUGGAAAUUCUGUAGGAUAACUUUCUACAGUCAUCUGUCGUUUGUUUACUGACCUCCAGUGGAGGAUUUGCUGGAUUGUUUGUACAUUUUAUAUCCAGGUGAUGUAAAACAUUUUCAGGGCGUUGCUAAUAUAAACGGUUGUAUCUGAUCAGCGUCCUCUGUAGGACAUAAUGAAUAGAAACUCCGAAAUUUCACAUUUAAAAAAGAUUAAUUGUUCAAAAAUGUAUUUACAUUCCUAUUACGUUUGAUGUACUUGUUGACUUGAUUGAUGAGUCUUGAAGCUUACCCUGCCCAGAGGGGCAUGUUAAAGGUUGAAGUUCACCACUACACCAGGCUGCUCAUUCACCAGUUUAUUAAGGGUUGCAGUGGGGGCGGUGGCCAAUCCCACCUGACAUUAGGGGAGAGGUGGGGGACUCCCAGGAGAGGUUGACUGUCAACACAGAGCAAACCCAGACAGACAACAUUCCCUCUCACAUUCCCACGGACAGACAAUAGGAACCAUCACUGGAGGCAUUCAUGUUUUCCUCUUGGUGAUUCUCUGUGCACUCUCAAACCAAGGUACAUAAACUGUGUUAUUGAAUUAGGCAACAUCACUGUCAUGUGCUUCUUUUACUUUACAUUUAUUUGAUUUGGAAAAGGUUUUCUGCCAGGAAGGCUUUAGACAGUCUGCAUGAAGUAGGUUGUGGUAGAUGAAUUAGUCACACACACAGAGAACAUCCAUCCAGGAGACGAGUUCAAAUCUUGUUUAUGUCUUUGUUCAUUUAUUUUAAUCCUAGUUUUUACACUUGUGAGAGCUGUUCAUCCACCUCAACCUGAUCUUUACGUAGACCUUAUCAUCACACCAGAUUUCCUAAAGCCUGGCUGAAAGCCUUUGCCAAUUAAGAUACACCCUAAAGAGUUGCAUCCCUUUCUAACACACAAUAAUUCAUGUACUUUGUGUUUAGAGUCCACAGAGAAAGUUCAAUCUUGACUGGGAUUCACUUUAAAUUAAUUUUCCAAAGAAACAAUCCUCACACUAAAAACUUGCCUUUAACAGCUUUUUAGGUUUUCCACCGAGUGUGGUGAGAAUUCCACACAUUUCCUGUAUUCCCAGUCCUCUGCAGGGUUCUGUUUACAAGUGUACCAUUACUACUACAGAGUCUCCCAAUUAAAAAUGUCAGCAUUUAAUGUCUUCCUGUUUAUUUAAUUGAAAAGAACAAUCACCCUUUGGAAAGAAUUGUGCAGAAGUAAUGCAAGAAUAUAUAUGGAAAUAAACAUAUUCUCCAUGUG